AUGACGGUGAAACCAGCGCGCGGCGACCGCGUCCGCGUCCCGGUCCGCGACCUGCCCUCCUGGAUCCCCUCGGUCCCGCCCUUCGAUAGCGAGGAAACGCUCGACGCCGCGGCCGUCGCCGCCGACUUCCUCGCGCGCCUCGCCGCGGCCGUCCGCGACGGCGACUGGGACGCCUUCGGGGCGCUCUUCGCCGACCGGUGCUUCUGGCGCGACAACCUCACGCUCACCUUUGACAAGCGCACGCUGCACACGCGCGCGGCCGUCGUCGACGCCUGGCGCGCGCUGGCCCCCCGCCGCCGGCCGUCCGGGCUCUCGGCGGACAAGGACGGGCGCCGCAUGACCAUGGACGCGGCGUGGCUCGAGGCGAGGCCGUUCGGCCCGCUGCCGCGCACCUCGCCGUCCAUCAUCGGCGCGGACCAGCGCGGGCGGCCCGAGGCGCAGGGCCUGCCGCGGGUCGAGGACGGCAAGGUGCUGGACGCGGUGGUCGUGGGCGGCAGCUGCAACGGCAUCGCCAACGCGAUCCGGCUCGACGCGGCGGGGGUCGAGGUCGCCGUGUUCGACACGGAGGCGCGCGCGGGCGGGAACUGGUCGACAAAGAGGUACGAGGGCGUCGUGCUGCACCACCCGGCCUUCAUGAUCCAGCUGCCGCUGUUCCCCGUGCCCGAGGGCGAGGGGUACCCGAACUACCUGACGGGGCAGGACCUGACGCGGUACUACUCCUCGGCGGUGGAGCGGCUGCGGCUGCCGUUCUUCGGCGGGGUCGAGGUCGUCGGCAACGCGUGGGACGAAGGGGCGGGGCUGUGGACGGUGACGGUGAAGGACGUCGCGACGGGGGCGGUGGCGCGGCUGCGGGCGAGGAACGUGGUGGUCUCGACGGGGCUCGUGGUGUCGGACCAGAACUCCCGGAUGCCGGCGCUUGCGGGGCGGGAGGCGUUCGCGGGGCCGGUGCAGCACACGGCGGCGUACCGCAACCCGGAGGCGUACCGGGGCCGGCGGGUGGUGGUGGUGGGGUCGGGGAACUCGGCGCACGACGUGGCGGCGACGCUGGCGCGGGACGGCGGGGUGGCGAGCCGCAGCCCGACGGUGCUGCUCGACUUCGACGGCGUGGCGCCGCUCCUCGCGCGGCGGUACGGUGGGCAGACGCCGAUCGACACGGCGGACUUUUUGGAGGGAGCCCUGCCGCUCGGGCUGGUGCUCGACGGCCGGAUCAAGGUGGCGCGCGGGGAGGCGAGGGGGUUCGUGGAGCGGGGGCUCGUCGUCGUCGACCGGCAGACGGGGCAGGAGAGGGUCGUGGAGGCGGACGGGGUGGUGCUGGCGACGGGGUACGAGGUCAUGGACCUGCCGCGGCGGUACAAGGAGAAGGGCUUCGUGGACGCGGACACGGCCGACAGGCUGGUCAACGUCAACCAGAACGGGGUGGACGCCGAGGGCGAGCAGCCCGGGCUGACGACGUUUUCUGGACCAACCACCAUGGCCUCGACACUCCCACCCAAGGUCGAGCGCACGACCAUCGCGGGGUCGAUCGAGAUACCCCGCAUGCUCCACGGCCUCUGGCAGCUCGCCGGCGGACACGAUCAGGACGUCGACGUCGCAGCCGCCGCGGAGGCGAUGGGCCCGCUAAUCGACGUCGGCCUCGACGGCUUCGACAUGGCGGACCACUACGGCCCCGCAGAGCUCGUCGUCGGGCGCCACAACCGCACGUGCUCGGGGCGGCCCAUCACAGCCUUCACCAAGUGGUGCCCGCCCGAGAGCGGUGACAGGUCCUUCGCGACGGCGGAGGCGGCCGUGGACCUCGCCUUGCGGAGGAUGGCACAGGAACGGGUCGCCCUCAUGCAGUACCACGUCUGGGACUACAGCGACGACACGUACCUCUGCAACCUCGCGCACCUGGGCGCCCUCCAGCGGCAGGGCAAGAUCUCGCACGUGGGCGUGACCAACGUGGACGCGGCGCACCUAGAGCUGCUGCUGGACUCGGGCUACGCCAUCGCGACGAACCAGGUGUCCUGCUCCGUGGUUGACCGCCGGCUGGUCAGGGGCCGCAUGGCGGGGGUGUGUGCCCGGCGCGGCGUCGGCGUGCUGGCGUACGGGACGCUGCUGGGCGGCUUCCUCAGCGAGAAAUGGGUCGGCGCGCCGGAGCCGACGAGCGUCGAGGGGCUGAACUGGAGCCUGAGGAAAUACCUGCGCUUCAUCCGCGCCGCCGGCGGGUGGGCGGCCUUCCAGGGCGUGCUGAAGGCCGUCGCGGCCGUCGCGCAGAAACACGGGGUGCGGGUCGCGGCGGUGGCGAUGAGGUGGGUGCUGGACAUCCCCGUGGUGAAGGCCGUCAUUGUCGGGGCGAGGCUGUCGGAGGAGAGCGGCAAGCACACGGCCGGCAACCUGGCGGUGUUUGGGCUCUCGCUGGACGACGAGGACAGGACGGCGAUCGCCAAGGCGCAGGAGGCGCUGGCGGACAUACCGGGGGACUGCGGCGACGAGUACCGGCGGGCGCCUUUCCUGACGGCGGCGGGCGACUUGAGCGACCACGUCAAGGGAGGGGACGGGGGGCGACGACGGCGCGAGGUCGAGGAGGCGGUCGCGGCCGGGGGGAGGGUGGAGUACCGCACAGGCAGCAAGUGGGAGCCGGUGGCCGGAUACUCACGCGCGGUGCGGGUGGGCUCCGUCAUCCGGGUGUCGGGGACGACGGCGAACCCGCCGGCGGAGCUGAUGGAGCAGCUCGCGGCGGUGGGCGGGGCGUCUGCACGGUCGCAGACGGUGGCGGUGCUCGACGUUAUCGAGCGGGCGAUCAGGCGGCUGGGCGGGAGCAUGUCUGACGUGGUCCGGACGAGGGUGAUGAUCCGGCGGGAGGAGGACGUGGCGGAGGUGUCGGAGGCGCAUGGCUGGGUGUUCCAGUGUCACGGGGUGCGACCGGCCAACACGCUGACGACGGCCGGGCUGAUUGGGGACGAGAUGCUGGUCGAGAUCGAGGCAGAGGCGGUGGUCGGGAGCAGCGAGUCGGUGUUAGUGGUUGAGUGA